AUGUCGAAAGCAAAUGUAAGAAGACAAUUAGUUCUUCUGGAGAAGAACAAGGUUCCCAAAGAGAAGAGUACUACAACUACUGCAUUCAGCCCCAUAUUCUCUUAUAAACACCUAAAGAGAAUCUACCCAAUUGGGCUGCACAGGAGUUCUUCAUCAUCUUCCUCUCUAUCUUUAUCAUCCUUAUCUUUGUCUUUGUCAGAAAACUCCAUUGACUCUUCUUCUAUCAUUGAUUCUGCUUCUCCACUCGAGCAGAAGAUAUCAUUAGCGCUCCGCCUCAUUGCACCACCGCAAAGAAGAGAGUCUCCGGUGCCUAAAGUUGUUCAACAGCAAAGUCAGACCUUUCAGGAUACUGAUAAUGGGGAGUUGAGGAGGUGCAAUUGGAUAACAAAGAAUAGUGAUAAAGUUUAUGUUGCAUUUCAUGAUGAAUGCUGGGGAGUUCCAGUAUAUGAUGACAAUCAAUUAUUUGAGCUGCUUGCACUGUCUGGUAUGUUGAUGGACCACAAUUGGACUGAAAUUGUAAAAAGAAGGGAGCUAUUCAGGGAAGCCUUUUCUGGAUUUGAUCCAAACAUUGUUGCUAAAAUGGGGGAGGAAGAGAUUGAAGAGAUAGCUUCCAACAAAGCUUUGAUGUUGCCGGACUGCAAAGUCAGGUGCAUUGUAGAAAAUGCCAAAUGCAUAUUGAAGAUUGUGAGGGAAUGUGGAUCUUUUAGUAGCUAUAUGUGGGGUUCUGUGAAUCAUAAACCAGUGAUCAACAGGUUCAGAUACCCAAGAAAUGUUCCUCUGAGGAGCCCGAAAGCAGAAGCCAUGAGCAAGGAUUUGAUAAAGCGAGGAUUCCGAUACGUCGGACCAGUCAUUGUGUACUCAUUCAUGCAGGCUGCUGGGUUGACAAUCGAUCAUCUUGUGGAUUGCUAUAGGUACAAUGAGUGUGUAAGCCUUGCAGAAAGACCUUGGAGACAUAUUUAGCUAUACUCCUCCUCCUGUCUUAACUUAAUAACUGAACUAUGUAUUGUAUAUUUGCAUACCACUUCUGUACGUAGGAAUCAAUAACUUAAUGAUUUAUAAUUUUUUUAUAAUUAUAUAUUUAUAAAAUUGUAAUAGCUGGAGAGGUAGAAUAGGAUCCAAGUUGGAUCUAGAGGCUCAUCAUUUUUCCAUUUUUGUGUUUAUGUAUAAUGUACCAGUGAGUUGUGCACUUAUUUAAUGAGAAAAAAGAAAUGGAUAUCUUU